GCUCGACACUCCAAGCUGUUUAUUUGGUCUCCAAAAAGAUAAAUCAUAGAUUUUAAGAAAAAUUAUUGAUGGAAGAUGGAGGUUAAGGAGUUGGUAGUGAUUGUUAAAUGGAGCGGCAAAGAGUACAAGGUGGACCUCACUGACCAGGACACAGUGGAGGUGCUGCGUCACGAAAUCUUCCGCAAGACACAAGUUCGUCCGGAACGGCAAAAGCUGCUCAACUUAAAAUACAAAGGAAAGACAGCCGCCGACAAUGUAAAGAUCAGCACUUUAGAACUAAAGCCCAAUUUUAAACUUAUGAUGGUUGGCUCCACAGAGGCAGACAUUGAGGAUGCCUGCAGCUUGCCUGAUGACAUUGGCGAGGUGGUUGACGAUUUUGAUGACGCAGAGGAACGCGAAGAAUCUGUUGAACACUCUGCAGUUUACUUGGCAAAGGUUCAACGUCGUGUGCGGGACUAUAAAAUAAAAGAGCUUUCGCCGCCGCGAGAAGGUAAGAAGCUACUUGUCCUGGACAUAGACUACACUUUGUUUGAUCACCGAUCGCCUGCUGAAACGGGCACCGAGCUAAUGCGUCCGUAUCUGCACGAGUUCCUGACCUCCGCCUACGAGGACUAUGACAUCGUCAUUUGGUCUGCCACUAGCAUGCGCUGGAUCGAGGAAAAAAUGCGCUUGCUAGGUGUAGCCAGCAACGAGAACUACAAGGUGAUGUUUUACCUAGAUUCAACUGCAAUGAUCUCCGUUCAUGUGCCAGAACGAGGAGUGGUGGAUGUAAAGCCGCUCGGCGUGAUUUGGGCUCUAUACAAACAGUACAGCUCCAGCAACACCAUCAUGUUUGAUGAUAUCCGCCGCAACUUUCUGAUGAAUCCCAAGUCUGGUCUCAAAAUCCGUCCGUUCCGCCAGGCCCAUCUCAACCGAAGUACGGACACUGAGCUACUAAAGUUGUCCGACUACUUGCGCAAGAUUGCCCACCACUGCCCUGAUUUCAACUCUUUGAACCAUCGCAAAUGGGAGCAUUACCAUCCCAAGAAGAACUCCUGAACUCUCCCUCGAUUUCACUUGUUUGUAAGAUCCAUGUAGGUUUAUGUUUAUUAAAUUAAAUUAAGAUGCA